ACCUUUCAUCAUAACAUAUAAAUAUAAAUCUCUCCUCUUUUACUUUAUACACAUUCCCACACGAAAGAGUUCUUUACAUCGAAAACAUAAACAACCCCUAGUAUCAGUAUUCAUCCUCAUCCUCUCUAUCAUUCAGUUAUCAAGCCUGUUAACAAUGGGAAGGUCAGGAGGUGUGAUCAUCUGCCUUUUGAUUUUGAGCAUGGAUAUAGUUGCCGGUAUACUCGGAAUCGAAGCUGAGAUAGCUCAAAACAAGGGGAAGUACCUGAGGGUGUUCAUCCUUGAGUGCAAAGAGCCAGUCCGUCAGGCUUACAAGCUUGGACUUGCAGCAGCUGUGCUUCUGGCAUUAGCUCAUGCCAUCGCAAAUGUGCUUGGUGGAUGCAAGUGUAUCUGCUCCAAGGAUGAGUUUGUCAGGUCUUCUGCUAACAAGCAAAUGGCUGCAGGAACCCUGAUUCUCUCAUGGAUCAUCGUCAUUGUUGGAUUUGCAAUGUUGAUCAUGGGAGCGAUAGCGAACUCCAGGUCAAGAGUUUCUUGCAGCCUUGUUCAUCGCCAUUUCCUUUCGAUUGGGGGGAUCUUGUGCUUCGUUCAUGGACUAUUUUGUGUAGCUUAUUAUGUGUCUGCUGAUGCAACAAGGCGAGAAUAGGAAAAAGAUGUACAGGAACAACGAAUCUCAUUGGGAUCCAUUCUUGAUCACCUGCUGUCCAAGAUCCGAGAGAAAUUGUUAGUGCAAUGAAGUAGACUAGAUCUCCAAGCGUGCUUUGUUUCAACAACUAAAUGUUUUUAUGAAACAAGAAGAUAGGCUAACUCAAAAAAGGGAAAAAAAAAGGUUCUCUCAUAUAAUGCUAGGAUUUGUUCACUCACAUGUUCCAUGUGUCUUUUUGGACACUUCGGUAAGGAUAUUUUAUGUAUGAGCUUCUGUUACAUCCUCUUGGUU